AUGCCGGGCCGUCUGAUCCCCAACUUUGUUCGGGGCUCUGGCUCUCUGCACUCCUCGCUCGCCUCCACCCCAGUUCACUCCAACUCCUCCUCCACGACAUCCGUCAACGAGAUUCCACAUACCAUGGGCAAGAAGUCUGCGCAUGGCACUCCGGAUCGUGCCCGCUCCCCGGAGCGCCGCCUGUCAUUCUCCAUGGACCACUUGAUCCACCCCCACCGGGACCACAGCAAGGACAAAGAAAAGCGCCGCAGCCUGGCUCGCGCCGGCCGCUCCAAGGAGCGCCUCAGCAAGGAAGAGCUGUCUCCGCCUUCUGCCAAGCUCGACGUUCUGGUGGAAUCGCCUCCUCUGGUCUGCUAUGGCAACCCCUCCACCUCCACCGGUGCUUUGUUCUCGGGCCGCUUGCGCAUUGCCGUCUCCGAAUUAGCAAACGAGGUGACCCUGAACCAGUUCGACGUGCGCCUUGUGUGCAAGACGAGCACCAAAAAGCCCGUUUCCAACCACUGCGCCAACUGCGCCACUCGCACCGACGAGCUCGCUCGCUGGAACUUCCUGACCGAGAAUCUCAAGCUCCAUCAAGGAGAUCACGACUUCCCCUUCAGCUAUCUCUUCCCCGGCAACUCGCCUGCCUCGUGUGAUGGUGCCCUGGGCAAGAUUGAGUACUUCCUGCUCGCCCACGCCCAGAGCACUGCCGGCGAAGAAUUCAGCAUCAAACUACCUCUGAACAUCCGCCGCGCUCUGCUUCCCGGAAAUGACAAGUCGUCUAUUCGCAUCUUCCCUCCCACCAACCUGACUGGCCGUAUCGUGCUUCCCUCGGUGGUCCACCCCAUUGGCAAGUUCCCCGUGGAGAUGACCCUGAGCGGCGUGGUGGACAAGGGUGACGAGACCCAGACCCGCUGGCGUCUGCGCAAGAUGAUGUGGCGCAUCGAAGAGCACCAGAAGAUCGUCUCGACCGCCUGCCAGAAGCACAGUCACAAGAUCGGCGGCGAGAACAAGGGGGUCCUCCACCAGGAGACCCGCAUAAUCGGCCACAACGAAGAGAAGACCGGCUGGAAGACCGACUUUGACACCGCGGGCGGAGAAAUCGGCAUGCAGUUCGAAGCCAGCAUCAACCCGACCACCAACCCGGUGUGCGACAUGGAGGCCCCCGGUGGCCUCGAGGUCAAGCACAACCUCGUUAUCGAGCUCAUUGUGGCUGAGGAGUUCUGCCCCAACCGCAAUACUCGCCUGAUCACUCCUACUGGUGCCGCCCGCGUGCUCCGUAUGCAGUUCAACCUCCAUGUUACGGAACGUGGCGGUCUCGGCAUCAGCUGGGACGAGGAGAUGCCCCCGGUCUACGAGGAUGUCCCCGCCAGCCCGCCCGGUUACACUAGGCCCGACGACGACUCCCACAGCGUCAUUGAAGACUACCAGGGCUCCCCACUGCCUCUGCCAGAGUACGACGAGCUGGAUCGACUGGACUCGCUGCGUCUGGAUAGUGACUCGACUCACUCCUCCGCCCCGUCCUCCUCUCGCGGACGUGUCCGCUUCACAGUCGACGACCUGGUCACCGACCACACCCCUCCUGCCUCCGAACCCGCCUCUCGCGUGCCCUCGCGCGCCCCGUCUGUCGAUUCAUCGCGCCAAUAG